AUGAAAUUCGAAACAUUACAAACAAUUAUGCCUGCUUUAUUCAUCAACAAUCACUAUUCAUUUCGACCACGUGAGCAUUUCGAAUCAAAUUGGAGCAAUGUUUUUUUGAUACUUCUUGUUCGUAUACUUUUGUUUCAAAAGAAUGUCGAAACAUGGACAACAUCAUUGGUUGGCUUCGGUGACACACGUUCCGUUCCUUAA